AUGGAUGAACCCAGGGAUCUGCCCGCGGCGCUAGGGAUCGAGAUGCGACAACAAUCUGGGGAAGGGUCGCCAAGGGGGAUCCGAGCCGAAGGAAGAUGGAGACGAGCUGCUCCACACAAAAGUUUGGCGGCAAAGAGGGGAAUGGAGGGGAACGAUAGUUAG